AAAUUGAAAUAUGACAUAAAUCAAUUACUAUGAUUUAAUUACUUUGUAAAUAUUAAUAUCCGUACAUGAGCAAGUGAUUUUGAAAACAUCAUCUAAUUUAGAACAAAAAAAAACCUUUAAAAAAUCAAUGUUAUAUUAUACGUAUUUGAAAUUCUCACAAUUCUCAUAAUUUAGAUGAAAGGUAACAACUUUGCCAAGAAAAAUAUAAACUUUAUGAUAAAAAUCAACUUAUAUCUAUCAACAAGCAAGCUCGUGAGAAUAAGCAUGACAUUUGAAACUUGAGAUUUAGGUAACAAGUAGAAAUCCGCCAUUAAUCUCCUAACUCAUCCCUACCUCUACAAUCCCCACUCUAUAUAUUACAACACCAUUGACUCCAAAACCAUCAUCACCAAACAUACAUAAUCACAAAUCAAACAAGUCAGCGACAAUGUCAAUCGCAAGAGUCUUCCUCUGCCUAGGUUUUCUCACCUUCCUCACUUCCCCACUUGUGCUAUGCUCUUCUAGCCCCAAAGUGGUGGCUGUAGCAGCAUCAGCCUCAACACAAGAAACUCCAAAAAGACAUAUUGAUCCUCCGGCAAUGCUUGUUUCUGAAUCCACCGAGGUUGAUUCAUCAUCCUCCAUGGCCAAGAUUGAUGAUGAGUCUGCAAGAAACUCUGCCAUAUCCGGUUUCUUCAGGUAUAGAUUCCCAUUCUACGGCUGGCCUUUCCCAAUGGUUAAGCCUGCAAAUCCUUCUGUUCCUGCAACACCGGUGACCGGAGCUGGGGAAGAGGAAUCUGAGAAGGUGCCUUCUUCACCAAGCGAAGGAAAUAGAGAUGGAGGCAAUGCAUAAAGAUAAAUGAAGACAAGAAAUGCUCUGCUGCAAACUUAUAUAUUGUGUUUAAUGACAUAUUGUAUCGAAUGUUAAUGUACCAUGUACUAUAAAUGCUAUAUGACAUUUAACAUGGAUAAUGAAAUGAAUACUGCUUAUAUUAUCUACCAAGCUCUGUAAUACCGGUUUCUCAGGUUCUUCAUCAUUUUGAGACAA